AUGAUGCAACUAGUGUGUUUUCUCUUGCUUUUUGUACUUUUUGACGUAAGUUACUACGUGCGUCAAAUCUUCAUCGUCAUCACUUCGCUUAUCAGACGGAGAUCCUCGACGAAGCACCUACUUGAGAGCAGCGAGAUUGAAGGUAUUGUCCUUCUGAAUGACCUUGAUCUUCAAUUUCACAUGAACAAUGCACGGUAUUUGCGUGAAUGUGAUUUUGGGCGUACAAGGCUGUGGAUAGAAAAUCAAGUCAUUGGGAAGAUUGGUGUUGGAAAGAUGGUGAAGUUAACCAAUGCUGCGGCGAGUGUGCGUUACCGAAAGUCUCUUCAGCUCUUUAACAGAUACAGAGUUGUCACCAAGGUUAUAUUUUGGGAUGAAAAGGCAUUUUAUUUGGAGCAGCAAGUUUUGCGACAACCAGACAAUUUUGUCUGUGCUGUAGUUAUAUGCAAGCAGUCUGUGAUAGGAUGUUCUCCAGCCAGUGUCAUUCAGAAAUUACCUGGACAUUCCACUAUUACAUCACCUCCAAUAACUCCAGAACUAGAAACUCUCUUUGAGUCUUGGCAACACUCGAGUGAUCGCCUAAAGAAACAGUCAUAGCAGACUCAAUCAUGUCCACACAGAACAAAACUUUCACAUUUCCAUAAUGUUAACAUAUUUUUAAAAUUAUGAUUUAUUAUAUUUUGUACCAUAUGCAAAAUGUUACAGGUAUUGCAGAUUGCUUGUCAAGUCAAUUACAGGAAUAACAUUAUUUUAACAGUGUGUGUCCAGAUAUGA